UGGACGCACGCACCGCGCAUCACCAAUGUGCGCGCAUUUCCACUGCGGAGAAAACCCGGGGGCCGCUCCGUGCGCUUUCCAAUCAAACUGUUAGAAAUAAAGGGGGGGAAAAAACAAUAACAACAACAACAACAACAAGGAAGCGACAACAAGGCAGGACCGAGAGCCGGGUCUGCGUCUCGACGGACGGGCCUGCGCGCUCCAGGAGUUUCUGACACAUUCCAAGUGUCCGCUGUUGACAAUCUUUAUAUUUGCUGGAGCGGCGGAGCGCGGAGCUGCAGCUGCACCGGCGGACGGACAGGAGAGGAUAGGAGCGCUCCACCGCCGUUUGGGCUCAUCCUCCCCUCCCAGUGAGUUAGAAAGCAGGACGAAAGGCUCAGCUUUUGAGUCGUUUUGCUCUUGUCAGAGAGGUAUGUGACAGCCAGAGAAGGUGGGGGACAGAUUUAGAUGGAAACGCGGCGCAAGAAGCUCCGGCGCAGCUCUCCUCGUCCCGGCCCCAAAGACUGAAGCUCUCCGCCGAUUUCUCCCACAUCCAGCCGGCGAUUACUUUUAUUUUUCCCCCUCUUCUAUUUCUUUUUUUUGAUCGGAAGAAGUUAACGGACGCACGUCGUUUUCCUCCCUAAUUAUCUGUAAGGGUUUUCUCACCGGACACUUGUAAUAAAAAAAAGACGCAGAGUAAAGCAAAAGUCCUCCUCCGCCCGAGAGGAAUACCUGCACUUUACCCCCGAGCCGAGGAACCCUGAGCCGCUGUCCUCCCCAGCGAUCUCUGCAUGAACAGUCAGGCGGAAAGUGUUGCAGCAGCAUGCCGAGGAGAAAGCAGCAAGCACCGCGGCGAUCAGCAGCUUAUGGACCUGAAGAUGAAUUAUCAGUGGGCAAGGCUGAAGAAGAGGAACAUCUGCAAGACGAUGGCCUUUCCCUUGAUGGUCAAGAUGCAGACUAUCUUUUCAAUGAUGACGACGAUGCAAGAGAUCGUUACAGCUGCCAGAACUCUCCACUCAGCAAUGGCACUAACCCAGAUGCGGGGUAUGCUUCUCCCCUCAGCAACACCAGUGAUCAGCUGGUGGACCUAAAGACCACUGCUUCCCCCUGUAGUGAGCAGGACAAGGUAGAGGAGAAACUUGAAGAAAGCACUGAAUCCAUCAAUGGCCUGUCACUACAGGAUAGUCUGGCAAAAAUGAAAGCUGUCUAUGCAAACCUGAUCUCAGAUGCCUCCUGGUCCAGCAUUGCUCUGGACAUGCUCAAAAGUAAACAAGGGGACAAUUUUGCAGCUAGCAAUGGCAGCAGCAGUGAUCAUAAAGGGAGCAAUGGGUUCCUGAGUGGCCACAAUUCAGGCAACAUUCAUGUGAAGAGCAGAUGUAGCAGGGUCAACACCCCGACCACGACUAAUGUUACUACCAGCAGCACCACUGCAAGAAUGGUGUCAAGCCACGUCAACAGUGGCAUCAAUGUAAGCUCCAGCAGCACAGGAGGGUUAGCCUAUGACUGGCAUCAGGCAGCUUUGGCUAAAACUUUACAGCAUGCUCCAUACCAACUCCUUCCUGAGCCCAGCCUUUUCAGCACUGUGCAGCUUUACAGACAAAACAAUAAACUUUAUGGCCCAGUGUUUACUGGAGCCAGCAAGUUUCGGUGUAAGGACUGCAGUGGAGCCUAUGACACUUUGGUUGGCCUCACCGUGCAUAUGAAUGAGACGGGCCAUUACCGUGAUGACAACAAGGAUACAGAGGAUGAUCGAAGCAAGAAGUGGUCCAAGCCACGCAAGCGUUCCUUGCUGGAGAUGGAGGGCAAAGAAGAUGCUCAAAAGGUUCUCAAAUGUAUGUAUUGUGGCCACUCUUUUGAAUCCUUGCAAGAUCUUAGUGUUCACAUGAUCAAAACAAAACACUAUCAAAAAGUGCCUCUAAAAGAGCCAAUGCCAGCCCUCACCUCGAAGCUGGUACCCCCAACCAAAAAAAGAGCAUUUCAGGACUUGAUGUCUCCAAGCUCACCAGAGUCCGUCUCAUCUGGCAUCCUCCUGGGAGAUUCUCCCAAAGACCAAAAAGUGGCUAAUCCCUAUGUCACUCCUAACAAUCGUUAUGGUUACCAAAACGGUGCCAGUUAUACCUGGCAAUUUGAGGCAAGAAAGGCACAAAUUCUUAAAUGCAUGGAAUGUGGCAGUUCACAUGACACCUUACAACAACUGACAGCCCAUAUGAUGGUCACAGGACACUUCCUUAAAGUCACAAAUUCAGCCUCUAAAAAGGGUAAGCAGUUAGUUUUUGAUCCUAUAAUUGAGGAGAAAAUUCAGUCAAUUCCUUUGCCCCCUACCACCACGCGACUUCCUGCGCCCAAUGGUAAGUCAGGACUUGAUUCCCCGUUGAAGCCAAACAGCCACGAAGAGCAACAAGAGGAAAAGAACCACGAAGAGAAAGAUGAAAUGAAAAUGGAAGUAUGGGAUAAAGAGAAAAAAAUUAAAGAGGAGAAAGAAGACCCCUCUGAAAAAUCUGAUAAACCUGUAAAGGCAAGAUCUUACCGGUAUCUCACAGAGGAGGACUUGGAAGAGACACCUAAAGGUGGCCUAGAUAUCCUAAAGUCUUUAGAGAAUACGGUUUCAAGUGCAAUCAGCAAGGCCCAAACAGGAACACCAACAUGGGGUGGAUACCCCAGUAUUCAUGCUGCCUAUCAGCUCCAUGGAUCUUUGAAGUCUACCUUCUCCUCGUGUACACAGGUUCAGCCUUUGUUUAGCAGUACCAGUCUGAAGGUAAUGUCCUCUGAUUUGAACACCCACCAAAUCCACUCACCAAAUAGCCCAUCUCCACCUCCAAGUCACAAAAGCAAUGUCCUUGCCAUGGAAGAGCUUGUGGAAAAAGUGACGAGAAGAAGUUCAGUCAAGAAGGAAAAGGAGGAAAAGCCUGCAGAGAAUAAGUGUGGACCUACAAAGUCUCCCCUACCUAAGGACCAACAGGCUUUAGCCAAUCCAGAAUACCUCUCAAAGCCAGUGAAGACCACGGUGGAGGAUACAAGUGAGCCUAUAAAAGAAGGGGAUCAGGCUAAAGAGCCCAAAACAGAUAUAAAGAUAAAAAGUGACCGUGAAUCACCAGAAAAACCCUUAAGCAAUGGCUGCAAUAACCUGGGCAUCAUCACCGAACACUCCCCGGAGCAACCGAUUGUCAGCCCUCUUAGUGCUUUGCAGUCCGUUAUGAACAACCACUUAGGGAAAGCUUCAAAAGUGGCUACCCCCUUUAUGGACCCCUUUGCAAUGCUUUAUAAGAUGAACAACUCUGCUCAAAGUAAACAAGUAGAACCUGUAAGUCAAUACCACAAUGAUUUUGAUGACCAGCCCAUAGACCUAACAAAGUCCAAAAACAAUAAUGGCAGUGCAGCCAAGGCUGCCCCAAACAACAACAUAAACAACAGCAAACUGAUUUGCAAAACCUUCUCUCAGUCAUCAUCCCCACCUCUUCGAGAGAAUGCUUUAAUGGAUAUUUCAGACAUGGUGAAAAAUCUGACGGGUCGUUUAACACCAAAGUCUACAACUCCAUCUUCUGUCUCUGAGAAAUCAGAAAAUGAUGUUUGUACUUUUGAGGAUGGCAUAGAGGAGCUGUCGCCCAUCCAAAGAAGGAAAGGCCGACAGUCAAACUGGAAUCCCCAGCACCUCCUUAUUCUCCAGGCCCAGUUUGCCUCAAGUCUUCGAGAGACUCCUGAGGGAAAGUUUGUAAUAACUGACUUGGGACCUCAAGAACGGGUCCACAUCUGUAAAUUCACCGGCCUCUCCAUGACCACUAUCUCACAUUGGCUGGCCAAUGUAAAGUACCAGCUAAAGCGGACAGGGGGUACAAAGUUCCUCAAAAAUAUUGACUCUGGACAACCUCUGUUUUUGUGCAGUGACUGUGCGUCUCAGUUCAGGACUCCGUCGUCAUACAUUCACCAUUUGGAGACCCAUCUUGGGUUCACUCUGAAGGACCUCUCAAAGCUUUCCGUAGACUUGCUAGAUCAGCAGGCUGUCAGCAGGAUUGAGGAGAAGAUGUAUAGCUCAUCUGGACUCACAGAGGAAGACACUAACUCAAUAUAUCAGUGUAAACUCUGCAAUCGGACAUUCGUGAGCAAACACGCAAUCAAAUUGCACCUUUGUAAAACACACGGGAAGUCGGCAGAGGACCAUCUCAUCUUUGUGAAAGAGCUGGAAAAGUUUGAUAAACAGUGAAGUCAGAUAAAGGUUAUAGAAUUACAGAUUACUGUUGCACUAAAACCCUGAGCUACAAUCUGUCAUUACAGAUAGUGCCAUAACUCUAAAAACACAAGAGCUUUAAUACCGUCUAUUAUAAUUAUUCCUUUUAUCGUGAAUGGCAGGAACUUGCUCUGACGAGGCUCUACUGUAAGCCACAUUUAAAAGCUGGAGUUGUGGUGGCAAAAUUGCAUCAGAUCAGUUCAACAGACAUGGCACUAUGCAGUCAAUGACUGAUUGUUGCAUCUCCAACGCGCUGCAUUUUAUCCGAGCCUUCAGGAAUUGUCCAUCUGUUGUUUUAAAACUGGUCCACACUUGUUUUGCCCACUGGUUCUGAAUAAUUCCUUUGGGAUAAAUAUGUCAACACAACUUGCAUAUUAUUUAUGAAGCAGUUUGUGCAUGUUUUCAUGUAAAGCAGUGAUUUUUAUCAUGUUUAAUUAAAUGUCAACCAUGACGAAAUGAUGUCCCUGUUUAACAGUUUGGACCCAGCUGAUUAUAUGAAGUUAGAUAGAGAAACUAAACUGAUGAAAUGUAUGAGUAAAAUAAAAGGCCCUUUUUAAUUUUAGUUCCCAUAAGGAACAUUUGGGAACUAUUUAUAAUAUUGGUUUCUUUUUCACAUUAAAUCACAAAAAUGUUUAAAAAAUGUUCCAAGUAAUUGGUUUUUGUUAAUUAAAUAUAAUUUGCAGGUUGUUUAAACAUGUACAGUAUUUGCAUACAUAGGUCACUCAUUUUAUUAUUGUGAAGCUACGGUUGUAAAGUUGAUGAAAUUUAAAAUGUAUUGUAUGAAUAAUCAACAAGUACAUGUGAGUCGGCAUAUCUUGCUCUUUACAGUUCAAUAUUAUUUGUACUGUGUGCAUUUUUACAAUGUUAUUUUCUAGACCAAUAUGGGGGACUAUUAAAGAGCUACAAAAUAUUGUUGGACCAAAAUGUCCUUUUUUUCAGUGAAAAAUAGGUCCCUCAGUGUGGUUUAUAUAAAAAUGAACUCACAGGCAUCUGAUGUAAUGCUUAUGACUGUACAUAAGAUUUUGUUCUUCAAUGACAGAUUUCCAGGUUUUGUCAUUAACUCGAUGACAAAAUUAAUUUGUCAUUAACUCGAAUGACAUUCUUUUGUCUUCAGUUGUAAAAUAAAAA